AUGGCAAAGAAAACUCUUCCAUUCGACCUGUCAAAAUGUGCGAGGCCCAAUAUUCUGCAAUUGAAGCCAUACCGAUGUGCAAGAGAUGACUACAAAGACGAUGGGACAAAUGUUCUGCUGGAUGCGAACGAAAAUGCCUACGGACCAGGAAUUGUCUUGACAUCUGAAGGGAAAUUACAGAAGGGUGGUGAGCCGACGACAAAUGACCAGAAUUCAUCACCAGCACCAGAUAUCGACUUUUUAGGCUUGAAUAGAUACCCUGAUCCUCACCAAAUUGAGCUAAAACAACUCCUAUGCAAUCUACGAAACACACAUGUACACACACAAAAGGCGCUGACACCAGACAACCUCUUCGUAGGUGUCGGUUCAGAUGAAGCUAUCGACGCCCUGCUGCGCUGCUUCUGCAGACCAGGCCAGGACCAGAUUCUUACCUGCCCCCCAACCUACGGCAUGUACUCCGUCAGUGCACAAGUUAACGAUGUCAGCAUUGUCAAAGUACCUCUCGACACAGCCAACAAUUUCCGCCUCCGCCCAGACGCCAUCAACGAAGUUUUAUCUGCAAACCCCUCCAUAAAAAUCGUUUACAUCUGCUCCCCAGGGAACCCAACAGCAUAUCUAAUCCACAAGGUAGAUAUUCAGAAAGUCCUCGAACACCCAACAUGGAAUGGGAUAGUGGUGGUAGACGAGGCGUAUAUCGACUUUGCACCCGAAGGCUCAAGUUUGGCGGAAUGGGUAACCGAGUGGCCGAAUCUGGUAGUCAUGCAGACGCUGAGCAAGGCAUUUGGACUGGCAGGUAUCAGGCUGGGAGUGGCUUUCACGAGUCCUGAAAUUGCACGGUUGUUGAAUAGCCUGAAAGCUCCGUAUAACGUAUCGAGUCCCACCAGUGCGCUGGCGAAGGCCGCAUUAGCGCCGGAGAAUCUUGCGCUUAUGAAGAAGAACAUGGAAAAGCUUCUUGCGCAGCGGAAACGGUUGGCUGUCGAGCUGUCCAACGUACCUGGAAUUGGCCGGUUCCUGGGCGGCAUGGAUUCGAAUUUCCUGCUCUUUGAGGUUCUUGAUAAGCCUGCUGAACAGGGUGGCAAACCUUGCAAUGAGGUGGCGUUGAUUGCGUAUAAGGUCCUUGCAGAGACGAAAGGGGUUGUUGUGCGGUUUCGGGGGGAUGAAUAUGGCUGUGAGGGAUGUUUGAGGAUUACUAUCGGGACGGAAGAGGAGGUAUCUAAAUUCUUGAGGGAGAUACGAGUCGUUUUGGGUGAUAUAUAUGCCAUGCAAGCCUAA